UAUCUAGACUGUUUAGACUUGAAAAGGCCCUUAGAAAUAGUCGAUCCCCAGGAAUAUUCAAAGACAACUUAAAAUGUAAACCUAUGAUAACAAGAUCUACUAAGAAAAGAAAGAUUCAAGAUAUGAAAAAGAUCUCUCAGGACAGUGAAUUGAUGGAUUCAGCUUACGACACUGAUAAAUCUAUGCAGCAGAGUGUCAGUCCAGUAUGUGACCCAUAUGAUUUAGUUCUUACUGACGAUGAAAAUGAUAACAACACAAAAAAGAAGAAAAAUAAACAAGUUCAGAAAAGAAAUAAAACUCAAACAAGAUCAAGGUCAACACGAAGCAAAACGACUAAAACAGACUCUGCAAGGCAUAAACAAACUUUAUCAAGUAGCACAAGUACACCAGUACUACAUCCUUGUGCACACGAAGCGAAAGGUCACAAAGUCAACUCCACUAGUACACCUGUACUUGAACAUUGUUUAAACGAGACCUCCACUGUGACACCUGAAGUCACUCCAAUCUUGGUCUCAAAACCUUUUGACUGUGCUUCACCAACCAGCAAUUUUGUAACACCACAGUUGCCCCGUUCCGUAAGGAAACGGGAUGGCGACAAAAGUGACCUGGAUAACAUUUCCAAACAACUCAACUACAGCUCCCUUACAGAUUCCGGCAUUGAACUUUCUCUCCCUCCAUCGAAGAAAAAGUUGACAGAAAAAUUUAGUUUAAAAAAUGAAAAAAGUAACAAAGAAAAUAGUUUUACUGCCAUUCGCAUAAAAAAUCAAAGGGAUGCUGGGGUCCCAAUUCUCGGAGAGAAAAAACAAAAUACCCAAAAUAAACCUCAUUCAAAAGAAACAUGUGAACAUGUGCACGACGCGGGAGUAAAAGAUUCAUGUUUUGGAUUUGAUUCGUUGAACUCACCUCAGAUCUCACCUCCCAAGAGAACAAAAGUAGCAACAUGUACAACAGAAGAAUCACAUGCCAAUGCUUGUUCUCAAUCCUCACCAGACAGUUUGUUGGAAGAUCUCAGUAGCUCUAAUAGACUUGUUGACACUAAUUCACCCCCAACCACACCUUUGUUUGAAGAAGGCAUUGCUAAAGACAGUGAAUGCUUGGAAGUAAAUAAAAGUUCCAGUAAAACCUACAAACCUUCAAACAGGAAAUUUAAAAAACGAAUAUCUGUUUCAAAAAUUGAUGAAUGGGCCACACAUUUCAACAUGGAGAUAGAAGAGGCAGAGAAAUUUGAUCUCAACAUAGAAUAAAUGUAACCUUUCAACUUUAUUUACUGCCAUUGAAAGUAAUAGGGCCACACAUUUCAACAUGGAGAUAGAAGAGGCAGAGAAAUUUGAUCUCAACAUAGAAUAAAUGUAACCUUUCAACUUCAUUUAUUGCCAAUGAAAGUAAUAGGGCCACACAUUUCAACAUGGAGAUAGAAGAGGCAGAGAAAUUUGAUCUCAACAUAGAAUAAAUGUAACCUUUCAACUUCAUUUACUGCCAAUGAAAGUAAUAGGGCCACACAUUUCAACAUGGAGAUAGAAGAGGCAGAGAAAUUUGAUCUCAACAUAGAAUAAAUGUAACCUUUCAACUUUAUUUACUGCCAAUGAAAGUAAUACAGUUGAAUGUAUUUAACCUGAUACAUAAGUAACCUACUGUAUUGAUAUAUUGUUAUGCGACAAAAUAGUGGUGCCUUGACACAUAUCAGGUGUCUAUGACAUUUACAUUCAUCUACAGUUUAGUAAAAAAAACAACAAAUUUUGGUAGUCUUUAAAUGUCAUAUAUUGAGUGUGUAAAUAUUUUGAAAAUUCAAAUUGCUAUUGUUCAAGUUGAACUACGGUGAACUACGGCUGUACAUGGUUUACAAAAGUUUUAUCAUCCUUUGUCUUAUUGUUAUGAUAAUACCAGCGAUGGGAACAGACUCAGCAAAAUUUUUGUUGCUUGGUGACCCAAUAAGGAGUUGCUGAAUUCUUUUUUUUUUUUUUUUUUUUUUUUUUAAAUUUAAAAAUAUUAAUUGUGUUGAGUAUUUUCUUUAAAUAAUUUUAUGAAUAACACUACAUGAGCUUUACUGCAAACUUACAAACAAAAUGCAUGUGGGGCUCAAUUUUUUGUUGUACAUUUAAUAAGGAAUCCAUAGUACAUAUAUAGGCAGCAAUUGGGUUAAUGACUGUCUCAAGUGUCUACUACAGGCCCUGGCAGCCAACCAAAGUCAAGAAUAAAUCUAGAUCUAGUAGAUCAAAAGUAAUCAAAUUCAAGAAUCAUGGUAGAUCUAAAUGAUUGAUUCAAAUGACUGUAAAUCUAGAUAAAAAUGAAAUGGAUAUUUAAAAGAGGUCUUUUUUAAAUUCGUUAAUAGCCCCAUAUUGGAUGUGAAAAAUAAAUCAAAUUAUAACAUUCUUCUGAAAACGGAUAAUAAUAAAAUCAUUUUUUUUUCCAUUUAAAAAAAAUGCUGAUUUUGGGGGGUCAGAAAAAAUGUUUUUGAUUUCUUUGUUGGAAAAACAAAAAAAUUCCCACCACUGUUAUACUUUGAUGUUACUUUAAAUACUUUUUUUAGCUUGUCAUUUUGUUUCUUAAAAUUACAUGUAAUGUUGAAAAUGUUCUUUUUUUGAGAAGUUUUUGUGUGUGUAAAUGUUACUAACCUGACCCAAAGUUGAGUCAGUGCCUCGUGUAGAUACACUUCUACUCAACUUCAUUUCUCAGUUUUUCUUUAAGUGUUGAUUCAGUUUCACUAUCAAAUCCAGAAUAAAAAACCUCCACAGUUAAAUUUCAAGAUUUUCAAUUAAGAAACCAUAUAGCUUACUAUUUGAUCAGUAAGCCAUUGACUUCAACAUUUGAUCAAGGUCAUUUAAAUUCAUUGAUAUAGUAGCAAAGUAAGUUGCUUGGUUCAAAUGGCCUUAGCCAGUCAGACUUCAGUUGAGUUGUUCUCUAUGUGUUGACUUGCUCAAUAUCACAGAGGCGUCAAAGUAGAAAUAAUACUUUAUCCACACUAGUUGAUCUUGUUUGAUGUCAAGUCACUCAGACUACAACAAUCCAAUUAAAAUUGAUUAGUUCUAUAAAUCAUUAUCAAACACUAAGCUUGUGUGUUCCUUAUUUUGUAGGCUGGGUUGUUUUAUAGAUUUAUUUGCAUGCAAUUCCAUUUCAAUUUUAUAUUAAACAGUAAUUCAAGAAAGCUUGACAUCUAGGUCUAUGCAAUACAAGUCCUCUGCACUAUAAGUCCUGGAUGUUGAUUUAAAUCAAAACCUUUUUGUUUUUGUUCAUGUCAAGAAAUAGCAGGGGCUGGAAAGAAAAAAAAAAUGAAAAGAACAAUCAAGUCAUUCUACUUGUCAAUGUCAAAUAUAAAAUUACAAACCUUUGGUUCCACACCAAAAUUCAUUUGAAAAUUUGGAUGAAUAUUUCUGUAGCGUCACUGACAAGUGUUUGGGAAAUGUAUCAAUUCAGAUUGAUUAAAAUUGAAAGAUACUUAUAAUAUUCAUCACCCUGGACUGGUGCUGUUUAGGGUGGCUGUGACAUUUGCACACAUACUUUUCUACUCCUGUUGGUCAGAAGUUCAUUCAUUCCUUUAUGUCACCACAUCAGCACUUUAGCUUGGGCCUGCUUGCUUCCUCUGUUCCUUGAGAGGUAUCCUCAACCAGGAAGGAUCUUUUUUUAUUAUUUUAUUGUAAACAAUAUUUGACUUAUGUGUGAAAGAAAGCUACACUACUGCUUAAAUAAUUGUCAAAAAUAACUUCUAUAGUUAUUGAAUCUCAACUAUAAAAAAACCCACUGAUUUUUAGUUGACCUUGAAUUUGGAUGUCAAUAUAUUUCUGUUUGAAUGUCAGGAUGGAAACACCAUUUGCAUUCAUUUUUUUAACUCAGGCUUACAUUGUCCGCUUGGCAGAAAUCUCUUUAUUUAAAGGCAGCACUUUGUGACUCAAUCUAUACUUAAACCUAGUUGUCUGUUUUUUUUGUUUUUUUUUGCAAUUGCAAACAAUUAUAUGUUUUAAUUCUCUCCUUGGCUGUAUCAUUGAUGCAAUGUUCAUGGGUGAUGAAGGCCAUUACUAAAUCUAGUAAGUAUUAUUGAAACUGAUUUUUGUGUGUGAAAAGCAAGUGUUGGAAGUCAACUCAUAGAUCAUUGUAAACUUGAUGAGCGGAAAUAGACAAGUCUUAUUGAAAUAAAAUCCAAUUUUAUAGAA